AUGGCGCCGGUAAAGACUGCCCCACAUAGAGCAGGAGGACGCACGCGAUAUCUCCCUGAGGAGUCGAAUCAAUUUGCGAAGCACCAGGCUGAUCUGGCGCUGGAAGGGAGCGAUGCAGAAGACAAUGCGCUACAGCCCGUCAAGGAGCCUGAAUGGGCUGGUUUUGACGAUGAAGACAUGGAGGAUGAUGGCAGAGAAGAAGACAUGGGUAGUGAUGCAGGCAGUAUAGAUGUUCAGACGGAGUCGAAGAAGAACAAGAAGAUAAUCCUGCCCAAGGAUGCAGAAGAAGAGGAACUGGAGCGCAUCAUCUUUGGUGACUCGGCUGGCUUCAAGGAGGGCCUGGACACAUUUUCUCUCAAUCGCGGUACAGGCGCAUAUGAGGAUGUCUCAGACGAGUCUGGUGGAGAGGAUGCCAACCUGAAAGAGGUCGCUGAUCAAGAUCUAUUUUUCUUCGAUGCAGGCCCAGUCGCUGCACCGGCGGGCUCGGUGCCAACAAGACAGACAAUCGACUCCGAGGACGAGAACGAUAAGCCUGCCUGGGAAGACAGCGACGACGAACGACUUGUGGUUAGUCUGGCCUCAGUGCCACAGCUGAGAAAGCUGCGAGAGACCGUCGAUGACGACAUGGUCAAUGGCAGGGAAUACGCGCGCAGACUGCGCAAGCAGUACGAAAGACUAUACCCCGCCCCGGACUGGGCGGCACAUGCUACAGGAAAGGCGAGCAAGAAGAGGAGACGGACGGUGGGUGACGAUGAGAGCAGCGAAGAGUCUGCCAGCGAUAUGGAUGUGGAUGACGACGACUUGUCGACACAGCCUCUGGCACGGCUGUUAAAGGACGCGGACCUGCUGUCGCGGACCUCGACAAGCGCAGCGAAGCGGAGAAAGCUACAAGCUGGCACAAUCGAUAUACAACGACUCAAGGACGUCAUGAGAUCCUCACCGUCGGCCAUCACUUCGCUAUCUUUCCACCCAUCCUACCCACUCCUCCUUUCGUCUGGUCCUAGUUCGACUCUCUGGCUUCACCAUAUCAACCCGAACCCGCCGAAUCCUAAUCCUCUCCUCACAUCCCUACACAUCAAGCGCACGCCUCUCGUCACGACAGCCUUCCACCCAUCGACUUCUGAUUCGCGUAUCUUCCUCAGCGCGCGUCGGCGAUACUUUCACGUGUGGAAUAUUGCGACUGGCAAAGUUGAGAAGGUGUCGCGUGUGUAUGGUCACCAACACGAGCAGAGAACGAUGGAGUUCUUUUCGCUGUCGCCUGAUGGCAAGUACAUGGCGCUUCGAGGGUCAUCAAGAAAAGGUGGUGGUGUUCUCAAUCUCUUGGAUGCCAAGACACUUCAAUGGGCGACACAGGUCCGUGCAGAAUCGCGUGGAGGCAUUGCAGACUUUGCCUGGUGGGGUGACGGAACAGGUCUCACGAUUGCAGGCAAGAAUGGCGAAGUGACUGAGUGGAGCAUCGAAGACGGCAUCACUGGUCGAUGGAUUGAUGAGGGUGCAGUGGGCACAACAGUGAUUGCUCUUGGUGGUAAGAGUGGGCGAGACUGGCUGGGUGGUGACCGAUGGGUCGCCGUCGGCAGUUCGAGCGGUGUCGUCAAUAUCUACGAUCGAAGAGUAUGGAUGGCAGAUACCACUUUGAGUGAGGGCGCGACAGGGGCCAAUGGCGGUAUCCCGAAAUCUCCAAAACCAUUGCGGAGUUUGGGAAACCUGACAACACCCAUCUCGCACCUGCAUUUCGGAGCUGAUGGCCAAGUCUUGGCCAUGGCCAGUCGCUGGAAGAACAAUGCGAUGAGACUGGUACAUUUGCCUUCAGCCACAGUAUUCAAGAACUGGCCCACCGAUAAGACGCCACUGGGCAGGAUCAGUGCUGUUGCGUGGGGAAGGCCAAGUGAAGAGGAGGAGCGAGAAGGCAGUCUGGCGCAAUUGGCUAUUGCGAAUGAAGCUGGACAUAUCCGGCUUUGGGAAGUGAGAGCCUAA